AUGACAAGUUCUGAUACAGCUGAAAUUGACAUGAAAUUGAUAUUUGAUCAACCACCUCUAAUGAAAAUGAUCCUCCUUCAAGACUCAAUAGUAUUACCUCCUCUACUAACGUCGAUUCAUCUGACAAACUCCAAUGUGACUGAAUUCAAUAGUUCUGAUGCCAGUAGUGAUAAUGAUGCACCCUGCAUAAUGAGAUCUUCCAAGUUUCCAACCCAACUAACAGUAACAAGUCCUAAUGCAAUUGAAGUCGAAAGUUCUGAAACUAACAAUGAUAUCAAUGCACUUGAAUUGUCUGCUGAAAUUAACAAUGAUAUUAAUGCAUCUGAAUUGUCUACUAUUACCCCCCGCGCAAUAAAAUCUUCAAAGUCUUCAAAGAUUCAAACCCGAUUGUCAACAAGUUCCAAUGCAAUUGAAAUCGAUAGGUCUGAAGCUAAUAAUAAUAACAACACGCUUGAACUAUCUACUAUUACCACCCGCACUAUUAGAUCCUCAAGAGCUUCAAGAGUUACAACCCGAUCAUCAGCAAGUUCUGACAAAAUUGAAGUUGACAAACAUAUUAGUACUCAAUCAUCUGAUCUACCAUUAUCUCAGUAA